UUACCAUCACACCUUAUUGCUUUCAUUUUCAACCCUUUUAUUAUUACUCUCUCUCUCUCUCUCUCUCUCUCUCUCUCUACACGCUCACAUUCUUUCUUCUCCUUUUAUAUUGCUUCCACAUCACCUGAAAACACCCACCAAACUGAACAAACAGAGAAAGAAAGAAAGAAAGAAAAAAAGCCUAUAUACUUGUUAUCACUCAACACUUGUUAAUUAAGCUAAGCUAAGCUACAAUGGAAGAAUAUCAGUUUAAGAGGAACCAUGUGCCAGCAUUUGGGAGCUGGGAUUGGAAUGAUAAUCUUCCAUUCACACAGUGCUUUGAAUCUGCAACACAAGCUGGUUUUCUAAGCUAUACUUACUCUCAGACUAAUCAAGAUCAAGAUCUUUAUGUUACUCCUGCUAUGAUUGUUGUUCCUCGUACAAGGGAAAAGGUACGUUCCCAACAUGAAAAGGAUGUGAAAAAGCAGAAUUGGGUGAGCAAUGUUGUAAAAGAGCCACAAAGCCCAACUCCAAUAUCAAGACCAACACCAAAGCCUGUUGAUGAAGACUUGUACAAAAUUUCACCAGAACUUCUUUAUGCCAAAACUACUAAGAAGAGAGGGUUUUGUUUCUUUCCUAGUUGCUUUUGCAUUGCAUGAGACAGGGCAUUAAAUUUGAGAUGUCAUUGUACAUACAAGUGAAAUGGAGGAGGCAUUGAUUAAUAGAAAGAUACUCUCUUGGAUUGUAUUUAUUUCAAAGCAAAAUAUUUCAGGACCAAGAAGAUUAUCAUAUUAUAGACACAUAAUUAUUGUGCUAAGAUCUUGGUUUUUUUUUUCUUUCCACUUUUACGGUUUGUUUUUUCUUUUAUUAUGUACUUGAACUUGGUUUGUAAAAGCUGUGUAACCAGAAUUAAUUAAAGGGAAGAAAGAGGUUAAAAGCUAAUUCUGUUCCUGCCA